CAACUGAGAAACGCAGAAGCGGCGCACCGCUGACAGUCUGCCCUCCCUCGCUUCUCUCUCCUCUCUGUCAUCCUCUCCCUUCAGCAGUGGACACAUAUUCAACUUUGUGAACAGCCGCCGCUCGUGAAGGUACUGCGUCUUCGGCAUCACCAGAGAAAUGCACUGAGGGACGCAGAGGAGAGCACGCAUUGUUGUUGUCGAGGAACGUCAAAGAUUUACAGUGAAACCAUGAGGUCGCAGAGGAGGAGCCCAGGAGUGGUCGCGGUGCUGCAAUUGAUCACCUGUAUUUGUGCCUUAUAUACGACUGCUGCCACUGACAUCCCACUGGAGGUUUUCGGUCACGUAAACAUUGAGCAGCUGCCCACCAUCACAGCCCAGUCGCCCAGCUCUCUCAUUGCUUUCCCUUUCGACGAGAGCUUCCCCGUGACGUGUGAAGCCAAGGGGAAUCCCGAGCCAGAAUUCAGAUGGACGAAGAAUGGCCAGGAAUUCGACCCCUCUCUCGACCCCCGGUUAAUGAAAGAAGAGAAUUCUGGGACCUUUGUGAUACCCAAUAAUGGGAACCUUACAGAGUACCAGGGAAACUAUCGCUGUUACGCCUCAAACAAACUGGGGACCGCCAUAUCGAAGGAGAUUGAGUUCAUUGUGCCCAAUGUUCCUAAGUUUCCUAAAGAAACAAUCGAUCCUGUGGUGGUGGAAGAAGGUCAGCCUUUUACUCUGCAGUGUAACCCACCAUCCGGAAUACCCCCCCUGCAGAUCUACUGGAUGACUAUCAAUCUCCAGCACAUAGAACAGGACGAGCGCGUUUCAACGGGCUUAAACGGCGACCUUUACUUCUCUCAUGCGGUGGAGAAGGACAGCAGGAGGGACUACUGCUGCUUCGCCGCCUUCCCCAAAAUACGAACCAUCGUUCAGAAGACCGCCAUGUCUGUCAUUGUCGAGACAAAAAAAAGUGACUUGAGUCCCGAAGCUGCUAACGCGAUCCUGCAGAGAAGGCCCUCUCUUCUGACGCCCUCUGGUGACACGUCACAGACACAGCUGGUCAAAGGAGAGGACUUGAAAUUGGAGUGUAUUGCUGAGGGAUUUCCAACUCCACAGGUCGAGUGGGUGAAGAUGGGUCAUCAUCUCCCGCUGAAAGCAAAAAAGGAGAAUCAUGGAAAGUUGCUGAUCGUACCAAGAGUUGACCAGGAAGACAGCGGGAAGUACAUGUGCCUGGCAAAGAACGAAUUAGGAGAAGCCAUGCAUUACUUCACAGUGACAGUAGAAGAGCCUCCAGAGUGGGAGUUUGAGCCUGAGAGUCAGCUCAGCAUGAUCGGCUCAGAGGUGAUCAUCAAGUGCUCGGCCAGUGGGACUCCUCAGCCAACUGUGACAUGGAGGGUGAACGGUGUGCCUCUGCAGGACACGCCGGCAGCCAGGAAGACAUUCGAUGACACCAUAGUUCUGCAUAACGCCAAAGCAUCUGACAGUGCUGUCUAUCAGUGUGAGGCCUCCAACAGACAUGGGAAGCUGCUGUCCAAUGCAAACAUCAUGAUUAUGAAUCUGCCCCCCAUGAUUUUGACCAAAGACGGGGAGGAUUACUCUGCUGUGGAGCGGAAGGGAGUUAUGAUGCACUGCAAGGUUUUCAGUUCUCCUCCUUCCACAAUCACCUGGAGCAAAGAUGACUCCUCUGAAUCUGUGGAGGGUCCCAGAUUUACGGUUCACGAUAAUGGGUCCCUGGAGAUCUACAGUGUUGAGAAAGACGACACGGGCCAGUACACGUGUUUGGCUAAAAACAUCGAGGGCUCCUCUGCCAUUGACGCUAUGCUCUAUGUGAAAGAUCCCACGAGCAUCGUCAUGGCCCCGGAGGACCAGCAGAUCUUAAUAGGUACCACGGCCCAGCUCUCAUGCCUGGCAAAGUAUGACAAGUCCUUCAGCAACGACUUUGAGCUCCUGUGGGAAAAAGAUGAUAUAGAGUUAGCCCUUAACUACACCGAGAAUUCAAGAUACUUAGUGGAGGAUGGUAUCCUUCACAUUAUCAAUGUCAGCCAAGGGGACCAGGGUGUGUACACAUGUGUGGCAAGAACCCCGGUGGACCAAGUCACGGCCUCAGCGCUGCUCAUGGUCUUAGAUGCCCCCGAUGCGCCUGAAAACUUGAUGCUGUCUGAAUACAAGAGCAAAAGCGUGAAACUGAAAUGGAUCCCUGGGGACGAUCACAACAGCUCCAUCACAGAGUUUAUCAUCGAGUACGAGGAAAACCAGUGGGAGCCUGGCAACUGGAAGGAGCUGCUUCGAGUACCCGGGAACCACAACUCGGCCAUGCUUAAACUCCACGGUCACGUCGACUAUUGCUUCCGCGUGUCUGGAGUUAACGCUGUGGGGAAGGGCCCUCCCAGUGAGCCCACAGAGAGAUACAAAACAGUCCCAGCAGCCCCCGAUAAGAACCCUGAAAAUAUCAAAAUCGAGGGUCAUUUACCACACGAAAUGGAUAUCAACUGGGAGCCCUUGUUGCCCAUCGAGCACAAUGGUCCUGGCCUUGAGUAUAAGGUGAGCUAUAGACGACAAGACGUGGACGAGGACUGGAAGGAGCACGUCGUCAAGAGACACUCAUUCGUGGUGAAGAACACUCCCACCUUUGUUCCCUACGAGAUCAAGAUCCAAGCCAAGAACCAUCAGGGAUGGGGCCCCGAGCCCAAGAUAGUGGCCGGCUACUCAGGAGAGGAUUUUCCCUCUGCUGCGCCUGAUGAUGUUGCUGUGGAAGUGAUGAACAGCACGCUGGUCAAGGUUAGCUGGAUGCGUGUACACAAGGACAAGCUACAUGGACAUCUGGGAGGCUACAGGAUAAACUGGUGGCGUCUGCGCAGCCUGGUGGACUCAAAGAAAAACCACGGAGACAAAAACACGCUGACAUUCCCCGGGGACCGGAACCACGGCACGAUACCGGGACUAACUCCUUUCUCCGAAUACAGUCUCAUUGUCAUGACCUUCAACGGGCGGGGCAACGGCCCCGGCAGCCAUCCCGUCAACUUCAAAACCCCAGAGGGAGUCCCGGAGAAAAAUCCUGUUUUCAGGGUCACAGAUGUUCAGAAACACACCGUCUCCCUGGUCUGGGCCCCACCACUGGAGCCUAAUGGGAUUCUUACUGGGUACCUCCUCGAGUAUCAGCUCAUUAACGACACAGAAGAGGUGGGACCACUGCAGACGGUCGACAUCAGCAACCCGAUGACCACCAAGCGGAUCCUGCGCGACUUGGAGCCCCUGAGCAAAUACAAGUUCUACCUGCGCUCAUGCACCACAGUGGGCUGCGGGCCUGUUGUUAGCGAGGAGUGCACGACCACCUUAGAAACAACUUCCACUAUGGCUUCCACUGUCGGCCUCAGCAAGUCAGCUUCCCCCACACCUCCACGCACUCCAAAGUCUCGAGUGACCAAACCCACUCGUUCCACCAUAGGUUUGGCCAGCAUCCAUGGAGGAAUAUCCACCCAGGGCUGGUUUAUCGGCCUGAUGAGCGCCAUUGCUCUGCUCAUACUCAUUGUGUUGAUCGCCUGCUUUGUCAACAGAAAUAAAGGCGGGAAGUAUUCCGUAAAGGAAAAAGAAGACCUUCACCCAGACGUCGAGUCCCAGGGCAUGAAUGACGACACAUUUUGCGAGUACAGCGACAACGACGAGAAGCCGCUGAAGGGCAGCCAGCGCUCGCUGAGCAGGGAGAUCAAGGCGGCGGACAGCGGGGACAGCCUGGUCGACUACGGCGACGAGGACGCUCAGUUCAACGAGGACGGCUCCUUCAUCGGCGAGUACGCGGGCCGAAAGGAGAAGAGGGUUUCCGCUGAGAUCAAAGCCACCACUCAGACCCCGGCGUGAGGAGCAAACAUCUGUCUUUUCUCCUCCACACAACCGCUUUCAUUCAAACCCCCCCGGGACGAAACAAAACACAGACAGACAUUAUCCACACUGAGCGCACGUUUUGUGUCAAAUGUGAUGUGUCGUCGCCAACUGCACACUGCACACUGCACACUUCUCAUUGUAUUAAGCUCUGUUUUGUCAAAGUUGCAACAACAUUCCUGAAAAAAAAGAAAAAAAAGGUGUAUAUACAGUGUAUAUUCUACGUGUGGAGUGUCUUUUUUUUUAUAAUUAUUAUCACACAAACCAUUUAUAGGGCUUUGAUUUUUUUCUUUCCAUGACUUCAGCUGUAUUUCUGUCUGUAGAAAACGAGUUCACUCUCCAUCCUGCAGCAGACCACACGCGGUAUCACGUGGAUAUUUUUCCAGUUGGAGCAAAUAUUACUGACCUUUUUGUAUUUGAAAUGGAUACAGUAAAUAUGUUGUAAGAUGUGUAUAAAGGUUGCUUAUUAACUUAUUUUUUUUCCAGUGGUUUUAUACCUGACAAGAUAACCAGAAAGUUGACAUAUCAUUUUAUAUCACAAGCAUCGAGUCUUGAACCAUAAACCUCCCUGUGAUGUUAGAGGAAAUUGUAAUUUAGUCGUUAUACUUUGCUUAUGAACAUUUAGAGCUAUUGGACAGUGUAAACUGCAAAAGAAAUGACUGUGUUUUGUAAGACUUCUCUAUCACUGGUCAUUACAGUAUGUUCCUGAGUAUACGUUAAUAAGAAAAUGACAAUUUAUUCCAGUUUAUAGACGAUUGAUGUGAAAUGUCUCACACGUGUAACCCCCUAUUUCUGGUUUUGGUGUCACAGUUUUAUACAAAAUGUUUGACAUAAUUUGGGAAAUACACAAGUUGCUUCCUUGACAGGGAACGCAUGAGACGGUUGAUACCAGUCUGGUGUCUGUGUUUCUGAAUAUGGUGUAUUGGUGUCCACUCGCGCGCGCCAUGCUUUAUUGUCCUCGGAAUGGGAACAUAAUUCACAAAAUCUACAUCAUGUUCUAUUGGGAAGAAGAAGAAGAGCUGAAACUAGUGAUUGAGACCAUUAACUCCUCAGGGACAUUUUUACUGACUGAUGUUGUUGUGACUCUGGGUUGUCCUCAGUAAGCAAAGUAGAGGACGACACUGACACUGAGACAUUUCUAUUUCUGGACAUAAGCAGACUAUUCCAAUCUUAACCAGUGAAGCAAGUUCAUCAGAGCCUCAUAUAAAGUCUUAGUAUGAUAAAAAGAAGACACUGAUAAACACCACUUGUGUCGGUUACAAUAACAGACAGACGUGAUGUCUAACAAAGCAAAAUAGAAAAUGGCAUGUAUUAAAAGAAACAAACAAACCGAUAAACACAGGGAAGCUCAAUGGAUUAUGACCGUUUUUACCGCUUUGUCUGAUGAACAAAGUAAAGAUGAUAUCAGAUGUAAAGAGAAGAGCUGAUCAUUUUUCUUCACUGGAAUUAUUGAUCCAUGUGUGGAGUGUUUUUUUUUUUCUCCUACUAAAUCACAUCAGAGGCUUCUCAGCAGUCGGAGUCACAGCGUCAACACCGAUUAAUAUCAGAGCUUGAAAAAACUUCAGAUUUAUUACGGGGGAAAAUCAGGAAUACUCAAGCAUUUACUUCAUGUGUGAAACUAUUAGCUGUUUUUUUUUUAUCAAUCCUUUUUUUUUUUUUGUUCUGUCCGAAUGACGAUCUGGUUGGUUAGUGGUUAACUCAGUGACAGGCGUGUGUCCAUUGUCACUGACCUAACCUUCUUCGGUUGGGUUUGGCAGAUUAGAGUUUCAACAUCCGUUACCAUGGCGAAGCAGACGCAGCUUUGUAGGAUCAAAAACCGCCGCAUUCAACUUGACGCUAUGUGGAUAAACGCAAAUCCUGCUUCAUAGUACGGGCUUCAGCUGAUACUUGUUGUUUCUCGCAGACACGGGAGUGCUAUCAACCUGCUCAUGGCAAGAAAGCAUAUUUUUCAAGAAUUGAAACUGAUACUCUUAGGGAUGUACUGCUCUGCUGUCCAAACUCUAUCCGUAUUUGUGCAGAAACAGGUUAGAAAAAAAUCGAAUUUAUAUGCAGAAGCCUAGAUAUUGCGAAUCCGCAGCAUGGGUCAUGAAAUACAAGCAUUUUGAUAAUCUUAAAUAUCUUUUCUUUUUCUUUCUUCUUACCAGAAAUGUCCAUAUCUGUUAAGGCCCCUUUGCGGCACAGAAAUCCUCUUAUUAAACGUGUUUGCAAUUCCAGAUACAUAUGAACGUCAACAGGAUGACGUCAUCAGUGUUAUAACUCAGAUUUAGCUGCAGAGCCACAGAGGACGGCGAGUAUUUUUAGGUUGAGUGGCUCUCGGCACUUUCAGGAAAACGUGAAUUUCGGUGGAGAAGAAAGUUCCAUCGUCCCUGUAAUGGAUCAUAUGGACUCUUGCGAUCAGAUUACUGUGAUUGAUCUGGCUGCAUGUUUGUCAUCCACCAACACUGCAUUAUUCCGUAGCGAGUGCUACCCCAGUCCUAACAAGCCUUACUCUGUUUAUUCAUUAGCACCGUGAUCACAACAGUCUCCAUGUUUUGUUUAAAAAAAGAAAAUCAUCCGUUGCAUGGGAAACAAAACAAUGUUAUUUGGUGUUUUUGAUGUCAUUAAAUUGCUUUACUUUCCUA